AUGUUCGCACAGCUUAUGCAGGGUCAAGAAGCUAUUCACACCGAGAUACGUGAAAAUCAACAAGAGACCGACGCUCACUUGAAGCUUGUCGAUAACCAAAUAGCUCAACUUGUUGUCUAUAUACCUUCGCAACCUCAAGGAUCACUUCCAGGUGAGUCUUCUUACUCUAGAUCUGCGAUCACCUCUAACAUUCAGUCUGCAGAUACUCUAGUUAAGAUGACAUGUGAGGACGAACCAAAGUAUGUACCUCCACCUCCCAGACCUCUUCCAGUUUCAUUCCCUUCACGACUUGUGCAACAAAAAGAGGUCAGCCAGUUUAAGCGUUUCACGGACAUGAUAAAGAAAUUGGAGGUCACAAUACCUUUUCAUGAGGUAAUCACUCAAAUGCCCUCCUAUGCCAAAUUUCUCAAGGAUAUUCUGGCUAGGAAGAAGACAGUGGAGAAGGAGACAGUAGCAUUAACCAAAGAGUGCAGUGCCGUUUUUCAGCACGAUUUACCCCGUAAGAUGGCAGACCCAGGUAGUUUCUCCAUUCCUUGCAAACUGGGCAAUCUCUUUAUUGAACAGACGUUAUGUGAUCUAGGAGCAAGCGUAAGCCUAAUGCCAUUGUCAAUCUUCAAGAGACUAGGUGUGGAUGAACUCAAACCCACACAAAUGAUAUUACAGUUGGUAGAUAGGUCGACCAAACGACAUGCAGGUAUAGUAGAGGAUAUGCCACUUAAGGUGGGUGAUUAUUACAUGCCUGUCGAUUUUGUGGUUCUUGACAUGGAUGCAGAUUCAAGCAUGCCUAUCAUUCUAGGACGUCUCUUUCUCAACACAGCAGAUGUCGUCAUCCACGUCAGAGCGGGUCGUCUUACUAUGUCCAUUGGAGACGAGACAAUAGAAUUCAUGCUCAAUCAAAAUGACAAUCCAGACGAAAGUGUGAAAUCUAUUUGUUCAGUUUACAAGCUCAAAACGCCUAAGAACCAGGACCACAGACACAAGGUUAAGAGAGGACCAGAUCCAGAUAGGACAAAAGGUAAGAAAGAAGCUAACAUGGUUGAACAUGUCACUAACUCAUCAGACCAUCAUGAGAACUGGCUCGAAUCUCAUGCAUCACCAGAUUUUUCUCUACUAGGUUGGCAGAAGAUCGAUAAUCUUCACCCAUUAGACCCAUCCGGUAGUUGA